UAAAGUCAAACUUUACCCCUCACUAGAAGGUUGUGCUAAGAUUAAAUAUAGCCGAACCAAUGCACGCUGUUUCCUGAUGUCGUAGUCAGCGUUUAACGGAAUUUAACAGCUGGGUUUUAUUAUGUAAAGCGAGCAAGCUUUAAACGUUAGCCGGUGGACUCUCGUUACACGUUAAAGGUUAGACACGUCACUUACCUGUGAACGGUACGCACGGUGCCAUUGUGUUUGUGUUACAGGUUGGCCACAAUGCUGGAAGGCUACAGCCCCGUUACCCAGGCCCUGCUGGGAACACUGUUCACCUGGGGUCUGACUGCUGCCGGAGCUGCUCUGGUGUUUGUCUUCUCCAGCAGACAGAAGCGUAUAUUGGAUGGAAGUUUAGGCUUUGCAGCUGGGGUAAUGUUGGCUGCUUCCUACUGGUCGUUGCUCGCUCCAGCAAUCGACAUGGCUGAGGAUUCUGGGAAAUACGGCUCGUUUGCCUUCGUGCCCGUCGCUGUGGGUUUCACUCUUGGCGCCGCCUUUGUUUAUUUUGCUGACCUGGCCAUGCCCCUGCUGGGCGUAGGGAGCGACCCCCACACCGCCUUGGCCCUGGCCCCCGACUCCAAGCUGCUCAAAGGCGAAGCAGACGGGCCCUCGUUCCAGCCGCUCGACCCAGACGAGAUGACCAUCAGGAUAGGUAGAGCCGGACCCCUUUCAGAUAAAAUAGAUAACGGGGACGUCUACCAGAGAAGGAGAGGACCCAGCGCCGGCAACUCAGAUGGACAAACAACAGAACCUAAACGGACAGAAGCUGCUGAUUCAGCAAGAAGCAGCUGGAGACGAAUUCUCCUCCUCAUCCUCGCCAUCACUAUUCACAACAUCCCAGAGGGCUUGGCGGUUGGAGUUGGAUUCGGAGCUGUGGGAAAGACUUCAUCGGCUACUUUUGAGAGUGCCAGAAACCUGGCUAUUGGAAUUGGCAUCCAGAAUUUCCCAGAAGGCUUAGCAGUGAGCCUGCCUCUCCGGGGCUCGGGAGUGUCCACGUGGAAGUCGUUCUGGUACGGCCAGCUGAGCGGGAUGGUGGAGCCCCUCGCCGGGUUGCUAGGCGCCGUCGCCAUGGUUUUGGCAGAACCUUUGCUGCCAUACGCAUUAGCGUUCGCUGCCGGGGCCAUGGUGUAUGUGGUGGUAGAUGACAUCAUACCGGAAGCUCAAGUCAGUGGAAAUGGGAAGCUGGCGUCCUGGACCUCCAUCCUGGGCUUUGUAGUGAUGAUGUCGUUGGAUGUGGGCCUGGGUUGAGUUUUAAUGUCAGCUUGGCACCGUGUCAACAGAACCCUCAAUGACAUGACCUUGACGUCAUCAGAGUGGAGCUGAGCUCAGUUUUAAGAAUGGGACCAAGUGUUUUAUUCUAAAACACAAAUUAGAAUUUGAAUUGUUGCUACUUGAAUCCAUUAAUCUGGACACUUUUGUAAAAGGACAAAUAAUACAUCAACUCAGAGCAGCUGAGCCUUUAAAUUACUGAUACUGUUUGUCGUACUGUAGGUGGGUUCGUCAAUAGCGUAUAUACUCUGAAUGCAGAGCUUAUGAAUGUUCUGUUAAAAUUAUGCAUUUCUACUUUUUUUUUUCUUUUUCAGAAACAUUUCUUCCAAAUUCAAAUCAUCACACAAGUAGAAUGAAUGUUUUUGUUUCAUCGUUUCCUAAUGAAUCCUAAUACUUGAAGUUUGAUUUGGUUGAAUUUGACUUGAGUUUCGCUUCCUUUUCUCCGUCCUCUGCAGUGUCACUGUCAUUGAUAUGAAGUCCAACUUUUCUAACAUACAUGUUAUUUCUCUGGCCAUUAUUUUAUCUUGGCUGUAUAAUUCUUUUACAGGGAUCACUCACAGUUGUGUUAACAAAUUAAAACAGCCUUGUUUCUAUUUUGCUUCAUACUGAGAUUAACUUUGUGACAAAUACUAUGACCUCUGUCUAAUUAUUUAAAUGCUGAAUUUAAUGGUGGAGUAUUUAUAUAAUUAAACAACUAAGUGAU